GUCAUCUCACUGGGCUGUCGUGCACGUGCAUGUGUGUUACGUAGGGGUGUGUAUGCUUUCUCUCUGUCUCUCCACGCCCCCCAUCUUUCAUCCCAGUCCCCCCAUAGGUUCCGUGCAAAGGUAACAGAAAGGCUGGGGCUCUAUAAAGUUCCACUUUUUUCACUCGGUCUCUCUCUUUGCUCGUUUCAUUUCUUCGGUUUUUCUUCUUUCUAUCAGCACACAGCAAAAUGCCCAGCAAGAGGAAGAAGAACAAGCGUCGCAUGAGGAGGGUGCAGGCCCAGAGGAGAGCCCUUGAAGAGCAGCAUGCGGCCAAUCCUCAAGUCAAAGCGAGUCCCGGGAUCGCAGUGAGUGUGCCCCCUGCAGCAACGCCAAAGAAAGCGGCUAAAGCUCGAGCACCAGCUCCAGCACCAGCUCCAGCACCAGCACCAGCUCCAGUAAAGAUCCCAGUACGAGCUCCAGUAAAGAUCCCAGCACCAGUAAAGAUCCCAGAACCAGCUCCAGCACCAGUUCCAGUAAAGAUCCCAGCACCAGUAAAGAUCCCAGCACCAGUUCCAGCACCAGUAAAGAUCCCAGUACCAGUUCAAGCACCAGCUCCAGUAAAGAUCCCAGAGGCUGUUCCCAUUGCUGUGCCCAUUGUGGAGACCCCCAUCGUGGAAACCCCCAUCGUGGAGACCCCCAUCGUGAAGACCCCCAUCGUGGAGACCCCCAUCGUGGAAACCCCCAUCGUGGAGACCCCCAUCGUGAAGACCCCCAUCGUGGAGACCCCCAUUGUUGAGACCCCCAUCGUGGAGACCCCCAUCGUUGAGACCCCCACUGUGGAGAUCCCCAUUGUAGAACCAGAACCAGUUGUACAAGAACCUGUCGCAAAGCCCGUCACAGUCGAGGUAGCAGCACCAGAGCCUAAGGCUGUGGUGUUGGAGCAUACUCCAGCAGAAGUUAAGGUUGAAGUUGCAGCCCCGGUCUCUGAAGAAGAACCAGUCAUUGAGACUCCACCAGAGGAGCCCUCUAUAGUUGAAGCUGCAAUAGUACAAGAGGCGGAACCUAUCAUUCUUGAAACAGAACCAGUAACAGAGGUCAUACCCCAAGCCGAGGCUCCAGUUGCAGCCCCUGUUGAGACUGAGAUUCAGACAGAGGAGACUAUAAUCGUAACUACAGAGACUGAACAGACGCAUGAUGUCUGCGAGCCAGAAACUGAAGUGAAGGCUGAGGCCUUGGUGGAGGAAGAAGCAGUCGUCGACGCAGAGGUGGAAGUGGUCGUCACAGACGAUAUCACCGUACCAGAGCCUGUAACCGAAGUGGCUGAAGAACCAGUGGUAGAAGCGCUUACAAUUGACCAAGUUUGUGCUGAAGCAGAACCCGCUGCAGAGGAGGUGGUUACAGAAACAGUGGUGGAAUCAGUGGAGGAGGUUGUUGCAGAGAAAACUGAGCCAGAACAGGUGAAUGAAGCUGUUGUCAGUCCUGUAGUCCGAGCUGAGGGUGAAGACGUUGAAACUGAAAUAGAAGUAUUGGAUGAAGAAGAUGCACCUGAAAUCCCUGCUGAGCCCGUUACAUUCACAGAGGAUGCUCCUGUCCAAUCUAUGGAAAUCUCAGUGGUGCCAGAGACCGUCCCGGAAGCUCCAGUAAAAGAGGCUGAAGCCCCCGUAACUGAAGUCCAAGAGACUUCUGACACCCAGGUCAUUGCUGACAGCCUAGUUGAUGACUUUGUUGUCACAGAAUCUGUCUCAGCAGUGGAGGUUGCCAUUGCUGAGUCUGCUGCUGUCCAGCCGGAAAUUGUGGAAGUGAGUGACACCUUCAACACCCUAUCAGAAUCAAUGGAUGUGACGCCUGCUGCUGCCCCUGCAGAGGAAAUGGUCAUUGACACCACUGCUGAGCAGACAAGUAUGGAUGUGCUGUCAGAAGAGCCUAAGCCAGAAACCUGUGACAUGCCAUGUCAGAUGCAGCUCGCUGUGGAGUCUGCGCAGCUCAGCUCAAUGGAGAUGUCAGUGGAACCAUCACUGAAUGGACACAUUGUUCCAGAGGUUUCCAUUGAGGGCUAGAUACACAUUUCACAGCUUGGAAGACCUUUUUUUUGUCUUUAUUCCCCUUUGGCCAUAUGGAGGACUCAGUGACCUUGUUCACUUUAAAAGGGCUUACACCAGGAAAUUGAAGGGACAUCCACACUUUGAAGUGCCUUUCUGGGCCUGGUUCCUGUCAAAACACCAAACCAGAUGCCAACAUGCCGAAACCUGCUGCAUUCAAGGCGGCAGAACAGACUGUUGUCAUAAGUGUGCACAAUAGAGAGAUGGAGAUUCCUAAAACAAGAUAAAUGGCAGUGCCUGAUUUUUUUUUUAGCAUGUUCAUCUCUCCAGCACAUCUGCUCCCAUACUGCAUACACUCAAUGCAUGUGAAAACUGUAGCGUCGAUGAAUGUUGCUAUAGUUGAACUUGGGCCUAUGUUCAUAUUAGUGGGAGGGACAACUUGUUCUGUUGUUUUUUUUGUUUCACAUUUCAAAGGCUCUUUUUACCCUUAAAGACAACACAUCUACAAAGUUCUCCCUUGCCUCCAUUUCUGUCCCCUUCUCUGUGUUCCAGUUCUCCCUUCUGCCUCAACUAAGUGCCAAAGCUAAGGUUAGUGUGGUCCUAAAACACAUCCUAAAGCUGUAGGUUUAGGUUUUAUGGCCACUGGAAAAUGACAGAUUCUGAGGGGUCGAGCUGAGGGGUCUUUUUUUCACUUUUUUAAUUCACUUUGUAUAGAUCAUAUGAUGUGCUACAGUUUUGUGUUCAAAGUCUGUGCUCUGGAGGGGAAAUGUAAUGUGAUCCAGUGAUAAAGCUCACUAAUGAGCUGACUUGGUCCACCUUUGAAAUAAAGCUGUAACUCAUCAUGA